AGCCAAAACCCAGAAUCUUCAGAGAGGACCAAUAAUCGAUUAUCACUUGUUGACAAUCGAUUAUCUGGGUUACCGUUGUCCUCCAACGGAUAGAAUUUUAAAUUUUUGGACAGGGAAUCUUUGGAUAAUCGAUUAUCAUGUUUUCACGUCCCCAACUUCCUCUGUAAACUGAAACUCCCUUUCAAUCCCCCCUUCAAAUCCCCUCCAAUUCGCACAGAUUCGAAUCGAAUCUCGCUCUCGGGAUGAACUCGAAGAGGGUUGAGAAUUUCUCCGCCGUUCUGUCCAUCCCCGGCGACGGAGGAAUGCCGCCGCCGCCGCCUAUGGAAGUUCACAGGGUUUGUAUGCCGCCGCACAGGACGACGGUGCAGAAGCUGAGGCAGCGAUUGGGAGAGAUCUUCUUCCCGGAUAAUCCCCUCCACAUGUUCAAGGACCAAUCUAGGGUUAAGAGGCUGCUAUUGAGUCUGCAGUUCUUCUUCCCCGUUCUCGAGUGGGGACCGAAUUACAGCCUCCGGUUGCUCCGGUCGGAUGUCGUCUCCGGCCUCACCAUUGCCAGUCUCGCCAUCCCUCAGGGCAUCAGUUAUGCCAAACUGGCCAAUUUGCCGCCCAUCAUCGGCCUCUAUUCGAGCUUUGUGCCGCCGCUGGUGUACUCCCUUCUCGGGAGCUCCCGGCAUCUGGCGGUGGGGCCGGUGUCGAUAGCUUCCCUUGUGAUGGGCACAAUGCUUACUGAGGGAGUUCCACAUGGAGGAGAUAACCAUGUUCUUUACCUUAAAAUGGCCUUCACUGCCACAUUUGUUGCUGGAAUCUUUCAAGCCUCUUUGGGAUUCUUCAGGUUAGGGUUCAUAAUAGAUUUUCUAUCAAAGGCAACCCUUCUUGGGUUCAUGGCUGGAGCAGCGGUCAUUGUUUCUUUGCAACAAUUGAAAGGGUUGCUUGGGAUUGUCCAUUUCACUACCAAGAUGCAAAUUAUUCCUGUUUUGUCCUCUGUUUUCCACCACACAGAUGAGUGGUCUUGGCAAACCAUUGUGAUGGGAAUGGUUUUCCUCAUCUCACUCUUGUCAGCAAGGCAAAUUAGUGUAUGGAAACCAAAAUACUUUUGGAUUUCAGCGGCUGCACCAUUGACUUCAGUUAUAAUCUCAACUUGCAUAGUUGCACUUCUUGGGCCAAAGGCUCACAAGAUUGACACUAUUGGGCAUCUACCAAAGGGUCUAAAUCCACCUUCAUCAAACAUGUUAUACUUCCAUGGCCCUUAUUUGGGUCUUGCUAUCAAGACUGGCAUUAUAACCGGAAUAUUAUCUCUCACCGAAGGAAUUGCAGUAGGAAGGACAUUUGCUGCUUUGAAGAAUUACCAAGUUGACGGCAACAAAGAAAUGAUGGCUAUUGGUCUCAUGAACAUGGCUGGCUCAUGUUCUUCUUGCUAUGUUACCACAGGAUCGUUUUCCCGGUCUGCUGUGAACUACAAUGCGGGAGCACAGACAGUGGUGUCGAACAUAAUAAUGGCAACGACUGUGCUGAUCACUCUGCUCUUUCUCAUGCCCCUUUUCCAUUACACGCCGAACCUCAUCUUAGCAGCCAUUAUCAUCACUGCCGUGAUUGGCCUUAUUGAUUACCAAGCUGCUUUCCGGCUAUGGAAAGUCGACAAGCUUGACUUUUUGGCUUGUAUCUGCUCCUUCUUUGGUGUUCUUUUCAUCUCCGUGCCUCUUGGCCUUGCCAUUGCAGUUGGAGUUUCUGUGUUCAAGAUUCUUUUGAAUGUCACAAGGCCAAAUACAUGUGUUCUGGGAAACAUUCCUGGGACUCAGGUAUAUCAAAGCCUAAGCAGAUACAGAACAGCCAUUAGGAUUCCCUCUUUCCUUGUGCUCUCUGUGGAAGCUCCCAUCUACUUUGCAAAUUCCACCUACUUACAAGAAAGAUUGCUGAGAUGGGUCCGAGAGGAAGAAGAGAGGGCUGCGGCGAACAAAGAAAGCGCGAUUAAAUGUGUAGUUAUUGACAUGUCGGCAGUGACAGCCAUAGACACAAGCGGUAUCGACACAAUCCGUGAACUGAAACGGGUGUUGGAGAGACAGUCUCUCAAGCUUGUGUUGGCGAACCCGUUAGGCAAUGUAAUGGAGAAGUUGCACAAGUCCAAUGUCCUUGAAGAGCUCGGCGGGGACGGUUUGUAUUUGACGGUUGCAGAAGCCGUUGCAGACUUGUCCACGCUGAAGCCCGGCGGAUAUGAACCUUAACAGACAGAGGGGCUAUUCAGAUGUUAGGUCAUGAAAGGAGAGUUAAGUAUUUAUACAUCUUUUUUUUAUAUUUUUAAAUUUGUGUGUUGUACAGACAAUGCUUGUUUGUGGGCAACAUAGGCAAGUUUUGUAUCUAAGUCCAAAAAAAUGGAUGGUCUAAACUUGUUUAUACUAGUUGAAUAAUGUUGUAAAAUUAAUGGACACUUCCAAUUAUCAUUUGGUAGUGUUGUAACAAUGGAGAAAUUGGCUACAAAGGGCCAAUUCCUAGAAUAAUUGAAUCUUGCUCCCAAAAAAAAUUCUAUCUUAAAUU